AUGGCCGACGUCGAAAUGAAAGAGGCCUCAUCCUCCAAGGUGAAGGCUGGUUCCAAGACCGAAGGAGCCAGUGAUGGCAAGAAGAAAUUCGAAGUAAAGAAGUGGAAUGCUGUUGCUCUAUGGGCGUGGGAUAUUGUCGUUGACAACUGUGCCAUUUGUCGUAACCACAUUAUGGAUCUAUGCAUUGAGUGUCAAGCAAACCAAGGUUCAUCUACAACAGAGGAGUGCACAGUAGCCUGGGGAAUUUGCAAUCAUGCAUUCCACUUUCACUGCAUCUCUCGCUGGCUAAAGACUCGUCAAGUGUGCCCGCUUGACAACAAAGAUUGGGAAUUUCAGAAAUACGGCCGGUAA